AUGGCAACGCCGCUCCUCGACGAGACUCCCGCCGUCGAGACGGCUCUAAAGGACCCCGGUCCUCACUCCGCUUCCACUAACAAUUCCUCGACCGGUCCGUCCACCUCUACGUCGGCCUCUUCCGGUACUUCAGCUUUAAACAUUGCCGCCAUUGUCUCGAAUAAUGCCCCCGCCGUUGCCUCCCCGAACCAUGUCGCCCCCUCCGUGAUCCCCCCGCCGGAAACCCCGUCCGGGACGAUAGUCAUUGUGUUUGGCGCCGGCAUGGAAAGCAUCGUACACAUGGUCGCGGAGGUGCUCGGAAAGCCUUGGACAACCGAGACCUCGCUUGCGACGCUGGCCAGAGCCACGGACGUGGUCGUCGCAGGCGUGCUGGCGCAUGAUCUCGACCGCAGUCUGGAAGGUUGCGACAGGUCGUCGAUUGUCCUGAUUAACACGCAUUGCGUGGAAGACGGGACCGCGCCCGAAGAUGCCCUGACCGAGACCUGCGACUACGAGUUCUUGUACUCGCGCACCCCGUUUCUGCGCCGUGAUCUGACGCGCUUUUUGUCGUUGACCCUGGGCCAGACGAGGCCGCAUGAGGACUUGCGCACGAAGACGCGCACGAAUUUUAUCUCGACGACUUUUCCGGAUGUGCAUGCGGCGCUGUCGAAUCUGGAUAUCUUGUCGGUGGGCUCGGAUGCAGUUGAGAUUCGCGUGGACUUGCUGGUCGAGCCUACGGUGGAUGGAGCUGCGGCGGGCUCGGUGCCGAGCUUAAAGUACGUCGGACAGCAAUUGAUGCUGUUGCGGCAACAUACCGAAUUGCCGAUUAUUUUCACCGCGAGGUGUACCAAGGAGAAUGGGAAAUUCCCCAUGGACGACCCCAUGUUGUUCUACAAGUACUUGCGCCGUGCGAUCAAGUGGGGGGUCGAGUAUGUCGACGUGGAGCUGUGGCUGCCCGAGGAGAUUCGCCGGCGGUUAUCUGAAGUCAAGGGCCAUAGCAUCAUCAUGUCUGCGUUCCAUGACUUUUCCGGGACGUGGAAGUGGACGGCGCCCGAGGCUCAGCGCGUCUUUGCUGAGAGCGCCAAGUACGGUGAUAUCGUCAAGAUGAUCGCCAUGGUGUCGACCAUCGAGCAGAACUAUGAACUGGAAUACUUCCGUUCGACCAUCAAAGCCCGUGGCCCGGGCCCGUUGCUCUCCGCCGUCAACAUGGGCCAAAUGGGUCAACUGUCGCGUGCCUUGAACACCGUCUUCUCCCCCAUCACCCACCCUCUGCUCCCGAUGAUCGCAGCUCCCGGCCAGCUGACCGCAGCCGAGAUCAACGAAGCCCUCCACAUCAUGGGCCAACUGCCCAAGCGCGAUCUCUACGUGAUCGGCUCGUUCCGCGCCACCCCGCACUCCAUCUCCACCACCUACAUCCCCGCCAUCAGCGACGCCGCCCGCGCCAUCGGGCUUGUCGACACCAUCGCCCUCGCCGCCCCCGGUGAAACCGGCAGCGCGCGGUUCAUCGGCGAAAACGCCGCGUGGAAGGGUAUCCGCGCGACGCUGACGCGCGAGUACGUCCCCUCCGCGUACCGCGGCCGCGCGGCAAUCAUCCUUGCCGGCUCCGAGAUCGACGCCUCGGCUGCGAUCUUCGCCCUGCGCAGUCUAGGCGUUGGAUCUAUCUACACGGUCGGAUUUAAGGCCAGUGGGCCGUUGGCCGCAGGCUUGGAACCGUUUACGUCGAUUCAGUCGGUGAAACUAGUCGAGCAGCCGUUUGUCAUUGUCUCUGCGCUGCCGCCGGAAAAGUCGCUGCUGGUGCAGCCGUUGCUGCGCCAUUAUCGGACCAAUGGCCGCUCGUCGCCGCCGUCCACGCGCGGCAAGGUGUAUCUGGAUUUGACCAGUGGGCCCAGGAAGGGUGAUCCGUUGGGUGUGGCGAGUAGUGCUGGGUGGACGGCGUAUGGGAGUGAGGAUGUGAGUGCUUGGACGACGGUGGAGACGUUGCGGUUGUUGGUGGGGCAGAAUGUGCCGUUUGACUUUGUACGGAUGGCGUCUGGGAGGCCGUUGUUUUGA